UAAUUAAUAGGUGAGUCAUUCUCGUCCUCAACAGUCGAAUCCAUUUUGACACGGCAAUUACAUUGUACUUAAUUCGAUGGUUAUUUGAAUUUUGCGGCGGCAAGGCGACGUCGCCUUCUUUUCUUUCUAACCAUGAGUACAGUGUUGUUCAAUCCCGCUUCUCCCAUUGUCCCGCUUGCCUUAACUGAAAUAAAAGCAGCUCUCUUUCAAGGCUUCACUUCCUUCAACCACCUCAAGCACAUCCAUGCACGCCUCUUUCGAUUUCACCUCGAUCACAAUCACUAUCUUUUGAACAUGCUCUUAAAAUCCACCUUCAACUUCAACCACCCAGAUUACGCUACUGCUAUUUUUACCAAUACUUAUGAUCCGAAUAUUUUCUUAUGGAACACUGUGAUUCGUGGGUUGGUGUCAAGUGAUUGUUUUUCUCAAGCGACUGAGUUUUUUAGUUUGAUGCAUAAGGAUGGUUUUUUGCCGAAUAAUUUUACGUUUCCGUUUGUGCUCAAGUCUUGUGCAAGGAACUCAAAUUUUGGACUAGGUAUGAAUGUUCAUUCUCUCGCUGUGAAAGCGGGUUUUGAUUGUGAUGUGUUUGUGAACACUGGGUUGGUGUCCUUUUAUGCGAAAGUGGGGAGUUUGGUGGAUGCACAGAAAGUGUUUGAUGAUAUUCCUGAAAAGAAUGUGGUUUCUUGGACAGCAAUAAUAAGUGGUUAUAUUGGAGCUGGGAGGCUUACAGAGGCAGUUAAUUUGUUUCGGAGGUCAUUAAAGAUGGGUCUGAGGCCGGAUAGUUUUACUCUUGUUCGGGUUUUGUCGGCGUGUGGUCAAUUAGGGGAUUUGGGGGCCGCUGAGUGGAUACAUAGAUGUGUACUGGACACUGGAAUGGGGAGGAAUGUCUUUGUGAACACCUCUUUAGUCGAUAUGUAUGGCAAAUGCGGAGACAUGGAGAAGGCUCGUGCUGUUUUUGAAGAUAUGACUGAAAGGGAUAUUGUUUCUUGGAGUGCUAUGAUUCAGGGUUAUGCUGCAAAUGGNAAUAUCUACUCCGCUAACCAUAAAUGGGACAAGUCAGAAAAAAUUAGGUCAGUUAUGAAUGAAAAAGGCGUUCAGAAAGUGCCCGGGUACAGUUGGAUAGAAGUAGAUGGAAUUGUACACGAGUUUCUCGUUGGAGAUACUUCCCAUCCUAUGUCAGUUAAGAUAUAUGUUAAACUCAGAGAAUUGGCCAAAGAGUUGAGAGCAGCAGGUUACACUCCAACAACUGAAUUUGUUCUAUUUGACAUUGAAGACGAGGAGAAGGAGCAUUUCCUUGGUUGUCAUAGCGAGAAGCUUGCUCUUGCAUUUGGCUUAAUCAGUACUGAACCCGGAAAUAUAAUCCGAAUAGUUAAAAACCUCCGGGUUUGUGGCGACUGUCAUACAGCAAUCAAGCUCAUCUCAAAGAUAUCGGGAAGAGAAAUUAUUGUGAGGGACACUAACCGUUUCCAUUGUUUCGUUGAUGGUUCAUGCUCUUGUAGAGAUUAUUGGUGAGGCAUAUUUCGGAUGUAGCUUUGAGGAAAUAUUUCUUCAAAAUACCAAAAAUUGGUGACUGACAUACGUCUCUCAAGCUAAUCUUGAAGAUAACAAGCAGUGAAAUUAUCAUGAGGGACACUAACUGUUCGAUUGUUUGCUGAUUGUUGUGUAUGUGUAAGGAUUAUUUAUUGGGGGUUUACAUUUGCUGUUAAAUUAAGACAAUGGAGUACACAUCUAAAUGCAAUUCUAGAAAAGCACGGUGAGAUCAUACAGUUACACAGGGAUGCAGUUGCGAUCAGGAAAAGCACAGUUAUUCAGUAAAAUGAGAUAAAAUUACCUCCUGACUGAUUUAAUACUCUCCCAUCAAUUGCGAACUUUGAGAGUUGGAAGUUAAGCCCCAGUGCAGGGUGCUUGUGUCGUUUGACAAUGUCCCACGGAUACUUCAGAAGGUACGUUGUAUUGGGUUUCCACCUUCAACUUAUACAGGCUAGCAUACUUAUCCCGAUUGAGAUGACAGGUGAUGACUAGAUUAGAUUGGGAUGUGCUAUCUUGAGCAUUCUUUUGAUAUUUGCCAAUUCGUUAUACCAUCUUAGGGCUGCGGUAAAAUUCAGAUUGCACCAGUCAAUCAUCUAGAACGUGUUAAACAGUGCAUGGGGCAAUGAAGAAUCUCAACUUGUUCGGUUGGAGUGCAGAACAGACCAGGAUAACAGCUCUGUAGACUGACUCAGAAUAGGAUGGAUUUUGUGACAUCAUUGCAACUCUGUGUCCUGUCUUGUAUAAUUGCCCCUGUUCAGUUUGCUGUUGCAAAAUCGACUUGGUGUUCGUGAUUAUAAUGUUUUAAAACACUAAAAUGAGAUUUAUA